AUGCCAUCCUAUGCCAAAUUCUUAAAGGAGAUUCUAUCAAAUAAGAGACGAUUAGAGGAAUAUGAGACUGUAGCCUUGACCCAAGAGUGUAGUGACAUCAUACAAAAUAAGCUACCACCUAAUCUUAAAGAUCCUAGCCCAUUUUCAAUCCCUUGCACAAUUGGUGACAUGUCAAUUAAUCGUGCUCUCUGUGAUCUCGGUGCUAGUGUCAGUCUUAUGCCAUUGUCUAUAUAUAACAAGUUGCAGAUGGGAGACUUGAAGCCCACUACUAUCUCCCUCCAAUUGGCGGAUCGAUCGGUUAAACGUCCGGUAGGUAUAUUAGAUGAUGUACCUAUCCAGGUUGGUAAAUUCUACAUUCUGGUUGAUUUUGUUAUUCUUGAAAUUGAGGAGGAUUCUCAAAUCCCUAUUAUAUUGGGAAGACCUUUCCUUGCUACUGCUGGAGCGGUAAUUGAUAUGAAGAAUGGAAAGCUCUCUCUCAAUAUAGGGGAUGAAAAGGUGAAUUUUGACUUGUUUUCUGCUAUGAAAUUUCCACUAAUUGAUGAUACUUGCUGCAGGAUUGAUACAAUUGAUAUGGUGGUUAGAGAAGACUUUAUUAAAUGCAUCUCAAGUGAUCCACUUGAGAAAUGCUUAGUAGAGAAUGAGGCACCAGUUGACGAUGAUCAGGAAGUACCUUCCUAUGUUACGAUGCUUGAUGAAAGUCCAACCUGCACCAAAAUCACCUACAGCAAAGGACCUGAUGCAGUGGCUGAAACUACAAAAGAGUUGAAUGCCCAGGUUGUGUUCAUGGACACAGCCGUGUCAAAAAGCAGCAGAAACAGCCUAGAACAGGUUUGUGAAGGGAAAACUGCACCCAAGGUAGAACUAAAACCACUCCCCUCCUCUCUCAGGUAUGAAUUCUUGGACGCCAAUGGUGAAUACCCUGUAAUUGUUAAUGCUGAUUUAAGUCACCAGGAAGUUGAGAAAUUGCUUAAGGUUCUAAGGUUGCAUAGGGAUGCGAUAGGUUAUUACAUAGACGAUAUUAAGGGCAUUAAUCUAUCCAUUUGCAUGCAUCGAAUUUUGCUAGAAGAAGGGUACAAAACUUCCAUUGAACAUCAAAGAAGGAUAAACCCGAACAUGAAAGAAGUCGUUAGGAAAGAGGUGCUGAAACUACUUGAUGCGGGGAUUAUCUAUCCUAUCUCAAAUAGCGAAUGGGUGAGCCCGGUUCAAGUAGUACCUAAAAAGGGAGGAAUCUUUCAAAUCCCAAUUCAUCCUAGCCAUCAAGAGAAGACAACAUUUACAUGUCCAUAUGGCACUUUUGCUUAUAGGAGAAUGCCAUUUGGCCUAUGUAACACCCCUGCGACUUUUCAAAGAUGUAUGAUGGUCAUAUUUUCUGAUUUUAUUGAGAACAUUAUGGAGGUCUUUAUGGAUGAUUUUUCAGUCUAUGACAUUUCUUUUGAUGACUGUUUGCAUAACCUUGCUAAGGUCUUAAAGAGAUGUAAAGAAAUGAACAUUGUGUUAAAUUGGGAGAAGUUAAAGGAAGCUUUGACAACUGCCCCAGUUAUGAGACCACCUGAUUGGAGCAUUCCAUUCGAGAUUAUGUGCGACGCAAGUGACUAUGCUAUCAGGGCCGUUCUUGGGCAAAGGAAAGAAGGGAAAAUGUACGCUAUAUACUAUGAUAGUAGAACAAUGGAUGAAGCUCAGAUGAACUAUGCGACAACAAAAAAAGAACUCCUAGCCGUAGUGUUUGCCUUGGAUAAAUUCCGAUCAUACCUUGUUGGGUUGAAGGUCAUAGUAUUCACAGAUCAGGCUGCUUUGAAGUACCUCUUGGCUAAAAAGGAUGCAAAACCAUGA